AUCAUUCCCUGGGCAGGAGUUUCUGUCCGAGUAGAAGUAGAGGAAACUGAAGUAGCAGGGAGCAGGGAGGCCAUACACACAAGCACAGGCCGAACCCGCAGUGAUCUCCAUCGUUUAGUCGUCUGUCGGAAGUGAAAAUGAUCCAGUGCGUGCAGAGGAUGUUGUAUCUCUCGGUUCUGGUGGCGUUCGCCGCCUGCAACGCUCCUCCGGUACCGUUAGACGACAUCCUCAUUGAGAAAACUUUCGUGCCAGAGCAGUGCGUGCGCGCAGUCAAAGUAGGCGACUAUGUCAGGUACCACUACAAUGGCAUGUUCCCAGACGGCAAGAAGUUCGACUCAAGUUAUGACCGUGGCAGCACCUACAAUGUGUUUGUUGGUAAGAAGCAGCUGAUCCAAGGGAUGGACAAAGCUCUGGUGGGGAUGUGCAUCAACGAGAGAAGACUGGUCAAGAUCCCGCCUCACCUCGCCUAUGGAAAGCAGGGAUACGGUGACAUCAUCCCUCCAGACUCCAUCCUCCAUUUUGACGUCCUGCUGCUCGAUGUGUGGAACCCAGAGGACGGCGUCCAGAUCAACACUUAUCACACACCCUCCACCUGCUCCAGGAAGGUGGAAGUGUCCGACUAUGUCCGCUACCACUAUAAUGGCACACUCCUGGAUGGGACGCUCUUUGAUUCCAGUCACACCCGUAUGCGUACAUAUGACACUUACGUCGGGAUUGGCUGGCUGAUCGCUGGUAUGGAUCAGGGGCUGCUGGGAAUGUGUGUUGGAGAGAGACGCAUCAUCACUAUGCCUCCCUCACUUGGAUAUGGAGAGAAUGGAGAUGGCAGCGACAUCCCAGGACAGGCAUCUCUGGUGUUUGAUGUCAUUCUCCUGGACCUCCACAACCCCAGGGAUGGGAUCACAGUGACCAAUCAGAAGGUGCCCGAGUCCUGCACAAGGAAGAGCAUCGCUGGAGACUUUGUACGCUACCAUUACAAUGGCAGCCUACUGGAUGGAACCUUUUUUGAUUCCAGCUACUCUCGUAAUCGUACCUAUGACACCUAUGUGGGUCGAGGAUAUGUGAUUGCCGGCAUGGAUGAGGGUCUGAUUGGAGUCUGUGUCGGAGAGAGACGCACCAUCACCAUCCCCCCUCAUCUGGCCUAUGGAGAAGAGGGCACAGGCACUAAGAUCCCUGGUUCAGCUGUGCUGGUGUUUGACGUUCACAUCAUUGACUUCCACAACCCUUCAGACAAUACUCAGAUCACAGUCACUUACAAGCCAGAAACGUGUGAUAAGCAAGCCAAGAAGGGAGACUUUGUCAAAUAUCACUACAAUGCCUCUCUGAUGGAUGGCACAGACAUCGACUCCACGCAUAAUUAUGGAAAGACAUACGACAUUGUCCUGGGAGCCAACCAGGUGGUUCCAGGGAUGGAGGACGGGCUGAUGAACAUGUGUGUCGGCGAGAAAAGGCACGUUGUUAUUCCCCCCCACCUGGGCUAUGGGGAGAGAGGAGUCACUGAUGAAGUCCCAGGGAGCGCUGUGCUGGUGUUCGACAUCGAGCUGAUUGACAUGGAGGAAGGACUUCCUGAAGGCUACAUGUUCAUCUGGAACGAUGACGUGUCACCUGAUCUCUUCUCUGAGAUGGACAAAAACGAUGACAAGCAGGUGGAGCCCUCUGAGUUCACUGACUACAUCCUGCGGCAGGUGAACGAUGGUAAAGGACGCCUGGCCCCCGGCUUCGAUCCCUACCGCAUCAUUGACAACAUGUUCUCCAACCAGGACCGUAACGGAGAUGGAAAAAUCACAGAGGCAGAGUUUAAGCUUAAAGCAGAUGAAGCCGCCGCCCACGAUGAGCUAUGACGGGACUGAGUGUAAGACUCAGAUCAGGGUGUAGGGUGAAGGGCCAGAAAGUCGGGGGGAGGGGGAUGUGGGUGGUACAGUAAAAGAAGAUGGGGUUGUAUGUGUAAAGUAAGUAAGUGUGGAGUGAGAAACAUGCUGGGAGAGAUUUAGUGUUUUUUAUUUUGAGGACUGAGGUGACGGUGAAAGCGUGUCUCGUCCUUUAAGAUGCUUUUAGAGCCAAAUGAGUCUGAAAACUAAAAGUUGGAAAAAAGACACCUAAUAUGAGAACUAUGAUAACAGCGAAUAGCUUUUUUUUUUUUACCUCUUCCUUCACCCAUCAAGUUCUGUUUUAUGUGAUUUUUAAGAUUUUUUAUUUUAUUUUGAAGGGUAUGAAAGCACUCCUGUGUGAGAGAAGAAAAACCAAGGCCUCACUCCUCGAUCUCUACAUUCAACACUCCUUCCUGACUUUUAUUGUUGUCAACAUUUUGUGGUUGUGUGUUAAACCUUUAUUUUCUUUUCACUGGGUAUCAGCUUUUCUCUGAAAUGUCUGACAGUCUUCCAGGAGCAAUGAGUUGGUCACCACUCACCGGUAAUAUACUGUGAUGGAGGGAAAUUACAUUUGUUUCCAAGAGUUACCACUCGUUUAUAGGUGAAAAUAAUAGUUAGAAGAACAUUAUAUUUACAUAGUUUACAGCGGACAACCUCCACUGUUUUGUUGCCUUCUGUGUUUUCUGCUGUUGAAAUUAUCCAUACAGGACAUCAGUUGUCCUCCAAAAUCCUGAGUGUUGUUGCCAGCUUUCCAGUUUUUCAAUCUCUUUUGGUCAACUGGUUUCAUCCAGAUGUUAAUUGCAGUUUUGUGUGUUUGUGUGUGAGUGAGUGAGAGAGAGAGGGGGAAAGUGUGUGAAUGUAGUUUUUGUUUUACUCUUUCAUUCAGGAAAACACUGAGGCUAGAUGAUGUCAACAUCAGCACAAACAUCAAUUUGAUUAAAUGACCUAAAGACUA